UUUUACUAAUUCGUUACAUAAACAAGUUACUUUGUCGCCAUUUGUCAAAUAUUUGAAAAUUUAUAUUUCAAAAGAUAGUUAAUGUAAUUAAGUUUUAAGUUUUAAUUCCUUUAAUAAUUCUAUAUCGGGAUAAACAAACGCGAACUAGAAUCUUUUGAAUAAGUCUAGUUAUUCAGUAAAAUAGUAUUUUUAACAAUAAAUUAUAUAUAUUUCAAGAAAUAUAUUUUUCUUAAAUACAUCGAAAUAAAUAAGUUAGUCGAUAAUUUCACUAGAAUUAGGUAUUACACCCUGAUUAUUUAAUAAAAUAUAUAUGUUUCUUAAAGUACUUUCAGUUUUAAUUCAAAAUAUUGUUUUAUUUGAUUUUAUACAUAGCCUAGUACUUGAUUUAAAUAUAAAGUCAUAAUUUAUUACAUAUGCUUGAUAUACGAGUACAUUACAUAUACGAGCAAGUAAUCAGAGAUAUGUUUUUCAUCAUAAUUGAGCUUAUUCAUCAGACAAUGGCACUAAAGUAUAACUUGUCCGUAUUUUGAAGUUCAAAAAUCAUCACCCGUAUUUUGGAUUCUUGCGAGAUAUGAUACAGUGAAGUAGUGAAUUAAAAUGAAUGAUUGCAAAAGUGCAAUGAGUGUUAAUAGUAAGAUUAUAUGGUGUUCUUGUGCGAUGUUCUGUUUCUUUGUAAUCUUGAUGUUACUUAAUUAAUUAACGACCCACAUCUCGAGAAGUAUUUCGUACAACUUUAUCGUAUUUAUGAAAAUACUUUUAAAAGUGAAUCAGAUGAAAGGAUUAAAUACGACAAUUUCACGGUAGAAUAAAUCACAGCUUUCUAGGGAUGCAUUUUAAAAUGGACUACGGAGUACACGAUUGAUUACACGAUUAUUAUUGAUUAACUUCUUAACAUAAAUUCGAUAAGUAUUAUUAAUAGUAAUAAUGAUAAUAAUAACAAUAAUAAUAAUAAAAAAAAGAAUAAAAUGAAAGUGUGAUGAUUAAGUCAGAGUUUCCUUGCGUAAUUACUAUUUUCAAGCACGUUAACAUUAUCCAUUAAAGAAACGUUCGUCCUCAGCAUAUUGAUAUUAUUCUUUAGCGAGAUAUAAAACAAGAUACAAUAAAAAUAUGUUUUCGGUAAAAUCUUGCGAAAAUUCAAGCGAGUAUUCAAGCGUAUUAAUAUCACUUAAUAUCCCAAAAUUGUAUUUCUAACAUUCGACAUACAUACAUACAUAUUUGUGAUCAAAAUACUGUGAUUAGUGAUAAUAGAUCUAUUCGCUAGUUUUGCAACGUGACAAGCGUACUAUACACGCACAUACAAUUUUUCACUGAAUCUUGUAUCUUUAAUUUUUAAACAUGUGCUGGUAGUGAUUUAUUGAGUUCAGUAAAAUCAUACACAUCCAAAAUAUCUGGAACGAAGAAAAAAAGAAAAACAGUAUAAAGAGUCUUAAGGGCGUGUAAAAUUGCCACUUAUUUUAUUAAUGUACCACACUGUUUUAUUGAUAUAUCACGAUACAUAUAUAUACAUAUGUACAUAUGGGAUAUUACACGACUACUAAUAGUAGUACACGUUUUUCAUAAGAAAGCAAUAAACAGCAAGAAAAUUCAAAAUUAAAUGAUAAAGCGCUCUAACAAUGAAUUGAUUACACACGUAUUCAUAAUGGAUAGUACACGAUCGCCUAUGGAUAACCUCUUUAACAUGCUGUCAGGCUUCAGCGCGGAUCAUAAAAAGGCUUUAAAACAAGGCAUUUACAAUGCGGUGGCACUGUUCUUUUUGUGUCUGGUUUCCGCAGCAGGUUUCGGAUUGUAUAUUAUAUUGAGACCGUUUGUAAAACCUUUGAUUUGGGCUCUGUUAUGCGGCUCCGUUUUAUUCCCUUUCAAAUAUUCGUUAACCACAAUUGUGCAGUCGUGGUUUGAGAAAACGGAGGCGUCUCAUACCCCCUUAAUAAUAAAUCUAAUGGUGCUCCCUGCGCAAAUAGUUGACAAAAUAUCGGAUAGUAUAGGGUCAUUUUUAUGGGAGCACAUUAAAUACAUUGCCAGUGUAUUUUUAUUGACUGCAUCAGCUCUAACUAUAUAUCAUUACACGCCUACGAUAUUAAGCUGCCUUAUAUGGAGAAUAUGCCUAAUUUUUAAUGCUGUUUUUGGAUUUUUUAUAACAACGUGCAAUACUUUUGUGAUUACUUUUAUACUUAUUGGAUAUUUAUCUGUGUUGUAUGUUUACUGGGCACCAAAUAAUUCCAUUCACUUUCGUUAUAGUUCAUUUAUUAUAUGGUUCAUGAUUAGCUUAUAUAUUUCUAACAUAUUAGGUGCUUAUCAAAUUAUUAUAUUCACAAUACUACAAAUAUUGUACUUCAUAGGAUUUAUUUAUGAAGUAGUAGCUAUUAUGGAAAACCAAGAAUUGGAAAACAAACAUAUGACGUUUAUGGAAGCAAUGUGCUUUGCAUUGACAAAUAACUUAAUCACAAAUAUGCAACAAGAUUCGUUUCCCUCAGCUUCAAAAAGUGAAGACUCCAUAGAAAAUAUUAGUGAAGAAAGCAUAAAUGCUGAGAUAAAUAGAGAAGAUCAAGAUAUGAAGAUUAUGAAAUUUUCCAGGAAGACAAUGUCACUGGAUGCAAAUAGAGGUGUAAAAAACAGAUUACAACCAUCUAAUGUAUCAUUACGUGAUCGUUAUUUGUUGAGGAGAUUGAAAACAGAAUUACGAAUGUCCAUAGAUAUAGAAAAUGAUAAGGUUGAUACUGACAAAUAUAUGUAUGGAGCAUUAUAUGCUUGCAUUGGUAUGCUUCUUUGGAAACAUAGGUGGAUGAUAUAUAUUUUAAUUAUCCCUAUAGCUUUUUAUAUUAUUAAGCAAUUUGGAAAUUAUUUUGGAAUAUGGAAUAUGAUUGGUAAUCAAUGCAAUAUUAUUGUGCAAAUUAUAAAAACAUGGUGUGCAGAAAGACAUCAAGCUCUCUUACCAGUUAAUGUUAGAGGUUUAUACAAAAUUGGAAUCAUAAUUGAUGAAAAAUUAACAAAAAUUUUGAAAGCUUCAGUUGAUUCUGUAGUAACAGUUGCUGUGAUUUUUGGAUUACUUAUAUUCACUACUUGUACUUCUAUUUUUAUAACAAUACAGGUUUAUGCAGAAGGUAUGCAUCUUAUUCAAAUGACUGGGGAGAUACUUAAUUCAUCUUUGAAUAAUCCAGACAUUGAUUGGUUACCUGAACAAUGGGAAGAUUCAGUUAAUAGUGUGUUAGAUAAUGCUUACACGUAUGGACGAAGUGCUAUUUCUGAUGGAAUAAAAAGUUUGGUAAAAGAUUUAGAUGCUGCAAAAGCUGAACAAAUGGAAAAGAAAGUUUUAGAACUUUGGGAUAGACUUUAUCAAGCAUGGAUGAUGUCAACCGAAAAUCCUGAUCUAAUUGGGCCUACUGUAGAUGUUACAGCAGCUUAUUCAGUGUGGGAAAGUCUUAAUGAAAGUUUUGAAAAACCACCUUUACAACUGUUUAACAUGACUAGUAUACAAAAUUUUGUAAAAGAAAAUAUUGGAACUUUUAUGUCAGUAUUGGAUUCCAUUUGGAGUAUAGUGAAAGGAAAUAUGUCUGUGAUAUUAACAAUUUUUACAGAACUAUUUUAUAUUAUACUUAUGAGUGGAUCAGCAGUACUUAACUUUGCUCUCAGCAUGGUGGUAUUUUUUACGACGCUCUUUUACCUUCUUAGUUCUAGUGAAAAAACAUACAAACCUAUUGAGUUAACUACAGUAUUUAGUCCUAUUAGUUGUCACAGCACUCUUCAUGUUGAAGGGUUUGCUAUAGCAUUACAAGAAGCAGUGAUUGGAGUAUUUGCUGCAACAUUUAAACUUGCUUCCUUCUUUGGCAUGUGGACAUGGUUUAUACAUAAUUUGUUCCAAGUAAAAAUAAUUUAUUUACCAUCAGCUUUUGCGACAAUACUUGGUGCAGUACCAUUUUUGGAUGCAUAUUUUGCUUGCAUCCCAGCUACUUUGGAGCUCUGGUUUACUCGAGGAUCUAUGAUUGCUAUUUUGUUUUUUAUGUUUCACUUUCUUGCUUGCAACAUUGUUGUAACUGAAUUCUACAAAGAAAUAAAAGGGGGUGGACAUCCAUAUCUUACAGGUCUUUCCAUAGCAGGCGGAAUCUUUUGUUUGGGUGUAGAAGGUGCAAUUUUUGGUCCUUUAUUAUUAUGCUGUAUAAUGGUAGCAAUUAAUCUAAGUCGUCGUUACCUCCAUUCACCAUCAGAAGAAGCUAUGCCUGAUUUCACUAUCAGAAAUUAAAUUUUUUGACAAUAUUCAUUACAAAAGAUUUGGCUAUCUUUGUAGAUCAAUUUUUAGAGCUAUGGAAAAUGCUAAAUUUUAACAGUUCACGAAUGCUUUAAAUGAAGCUUCCAAAACGAUCAAAUUUAAAUCAUAUUUACAAAUCUUUAAAGUUUACAUACAAUAUAAAAACAUAAAUUUUAUUUUUAUAAAAAAUUUAUAAACGCAAUAUUAUUAUUAACAGCUUCAUCUAGUCUUUAAAAGAAUUAGUUUAUUAUAACAUGUCGUUUUUAUUAUGUAUAUAUAUAUAUAUUUAUAUAAUAAUUGCUUGUAUAUUUCAUUAUUUUUUGAUCAAGUUUUUACAAUGUAACUUAAAAAUUUUAGAUAACCUAAAAAUUUAGAAUUGAUUCUGGACUUAUGCUUAUUAAUAUUUAGAAUUAAUUUAGAUUUAAAAUUAGAUAUUAGAAUUUCACAGAAGAAAAAGCUAAAUUUAGUAUUUUUUCAUUAUAUUACAAGUUUGAGAUUAUUAACUUAUGAUAUUACUUUUGAUAUUACUUAUUAAUAGAAAAAUAACAAAUAUACAAUAAUAUUUAAUUAUAUAUUUUCUUAAAUGAUACAUUAUAUAUAUUGAUUUGUUGCGUUGUGGUAAUAUACUAACUUCAGUAUUUGUAUUAUAUUUUGUUAUAAAAAGUCAUUGUAUAUUUUCAAUAAUAAUCAAUAAAGUCAGGAAAUUGUUAAAAU